GGGCUCUAAAACACACACUGAGCUAUGAAUGGGCUCAUGUUUAUCUGGCUCCCAGCCACUCUAAUGGGCCUCGCUCACUGUGAGGGAGUCUCUGGAAGAGAUAAUCCAUUUAGGGGAUGCUUUACCUGGAAUGGGUAAGUCAACACUUCCUCCCAGAUGAGAGGCUGUGAGUCUUACAGGACCCACAUUCCAUCAGGUUGUCUCGCUCUCGUCCACCUCACAUUUUUCCAGGACAAAAGAGAAGAAGAACAGAAAAACCUGUCGCUCCCGUCCAAGGAAAUCGGAUAUCUGUGGACAGUUGGAGGGGUGGGGGGCUGGAAAGCACCUGAAUCAGGAUGGAGAUGAUGAGGAAGUUUAUCAAAUUUUGGGUGCCUGUGAAGGUCAUGGAGUACAUGAAGGACUACUGCAGGAGGAACGGGCUGCUGACGCUCUCCGUCUUCGCCGUCGUUACCGGCUGUGUGCUCGGAUUUUCCCUCCGGACCCUCAACCUUUCCACACAGGCCAAAAUCUACUUUGCGUUUCCUGGAGAACUGCUGAUGAGGAUGUUGAAGAUGCUAAUUCUGCCGCUCAUCACAUCCAGUUUGAUGUCCGGCCUGUCAGCCAUGGACACCAAGGCGAGCGGCAGGUUAGGAGUUCUGACCAUCACCUACUACCUGUGGACGACCUUCAUCGCCGUCAUCGUCGGCAUUGUGCUGGUCCUCAUCAUUCAUCCUGGGACGGGGUCGGAGAAGGACGGUCACCACGCCAGCACGGGGCCCGUCAUGACCUCUGCCGACGCGCUGCUGGACCUCAUCAGAAACAUGAUUCCAUCCAACCUCAUUGAAGCAACUUUUCAGCAGUAUCGGACAGAUUUGGUGCCAAUUGUUCAGGCCGCAAAUGAGAAAGAGUCCCAGGUCAACUAUGUGUACGUAAUGCCCGACUACCACAACCCUCAGCUGGGUCACCCAGUCUUCCUGGAGAUCACUCCCGCACCUGACAUCAAGUAUAAGAUCGUCCCCAGCACGAGCAAGGGCAUGAAUGUGUUAGGAAUCGUCAUCUUCUCAGCCACCAUGGGUCUGCUGCUGGGGAAGAUGGGAGAUCGAGGAUUACCGCUGGUCAACGUGUGCCAGUGCAUCAACGAGUGUGUGAUGAAGAUCAUCAAUGCUGCCAUGUGGUAUUUCCCUUUCGGCAUCGUGUUCCUGGUGGCAGGAAAGAUCCUGGACAUGCAUGACCCCGCCCACUUAGGGGAGAAACUCGGCAUGUACUUCAUCACGGUCCUGUCCGGUCUGUUUGUCCACGGCCUCAUCCUGCUACCGCUCUUCUACUUCUUCUUCACUCGCAAAAACCCCUUCGUCUACAUCAGAGGGCUGCUGCAGGCUCUCGUCAUCGCCUUGGCAACCUCGUCCAGCUCUGCCACUCUGCCGAUCACCAUGAAGUGCCUCCUGGAGAACUGCGGCGUAGACCGGCAGAUCGCACGCUUUGUGCUCCCUGUGGGGGCUACCAUCAACAUGGAUGGGACGGCGUUAUACGAGGCAGUGGCGGCCAUCUUCAUCGCUCAGGUCAAUGACCACGAACUGGACUUUGGCCAGCUGGUCACUGUGAGUAUCACAGCAACAGCAGCCAGCAUCGGGGCAGCCGGGAUCCCUCAGGCAGGACUGGUAACCAUGGUGAUCGUCCUGACCUCGGUGGGGUUACCGCCCGCUGACAUCUCCCUGAUUGUGGCCAUCGACUGGGUUCUCGAUCGGUUCCGUACGAUGAUAAAUGUUCUCGGGGACGCAUUGGCUGCUGGAAUCAUGGCUCAUUUGUGCAAAAAGGACUUUGAAAAAGCUGCUGCUGCCAAAGCCGCCUCUUCUGUCGUCAGUAGUGAACGGAGGGACACGGUCAUCUCCUUCGGUAACCAGAGCGUGGCGCUCUCUGAUGCUCCUCUCCUCCCUCACCGCUGCGACUGCAUGUUUGAGGUGGACGGAGACAACGUUCUGGAGAGACCUGUGCCCUGCUACAACCUCUGCCAAGUGUGAGACGGCGCCACAAGGCCAAAGGCACAAACCACUCCAGGCCCUUACAGCACAAGUCGAGCUGUAAAAGUUCAAAGGCUGAGCGCAUCCCGGCUUCAGUCAAGUGGCUUACAUGUAUUUCCUGCUGAAAACAGGAACUUUCUUUACUUGAUAGACUCCAUUCAGUUCAGAAUGGGGGAGAGAGGAGAAAACUAACUUCACAUGUAACCGAAAUCUCAAAAAAACUAAAGAAAAAGGAAGCGGGUCGCACCAGAGUGGAUCAGCCCGUGAAGACUUUCAUGGUUUGCCUGUCAUGAUGGAGUUGGAUUGCAGGUUUGACAUCGACGCUUUACUCUGCCUUAACAUGACCUCGGUUCUUCUGGAAGACUUGAAAGUUAGAGAGAGGAACAGAAGCAGUUGUAGGGAAUGUUAGGAGCUGCAUUCAGUGCAAUUUAAGCAACCUGAUGUUGAGUAAAUCAGAGACGUGUGAUAAUGACACAGAAUGUUUAUUUCUGCUUUUAUACCAGUGCAAUUACAAUUUUCUAAUAAAAACCUGCAGCACUUGAAACUAAAAGUGACUGGUUUCAUUUUUUUCCUCUGAUUGGUUCAUGUACUUCAUGCCUCCCCAACAUGUCUGCUUUAGGUGCACAUUAAAAUGGUCAGAAAGAAAUUUAAUUAAAGUCUCAAGCGGUGUUCUAUGGCCGGGGGGCACACCCCGCCCCCGCCAUCCCUUCUUGGCUAAGUGGCCAGUGACGGCACCCCUC